AUGCACAUGGUCUUCUUUGAGCCGAAGAUGCGAGGUGAUUACUAUCCGUAUCUUGCCGAACUCACCUUUUUAACGCCACAGGAGGAGCUGGGCAAGGCCUCACCAAAGGCCCACAGGUUUGUGUACAUGUACUCGCCACUCCCCCUCCAAUCCAUCCUUACUCCUACUGGCAUGUUCGUGCUCAGAGUCUGCCGCUUGAAGGGUGCCUUACGCUGA